AUGGUUAACGAAACUUCUGAAGAAAAUUUAUUAGAAUUUUCGAAAAAAGUGUUAGACGCUGCCUUUGGACUCUGUGAAAAUAAUAAUAUAGAAGUAACACCGUCCACGGCUGAAGAACCGGCUAAAGAUAAAAAUGUACAAGCUUCGACCAUUAUUCCCUUGCCUUUAACGGUAGAGUCUAAAAUCAAACCUCGGUCCGAAAAAAAAAAGGUUAAAAUAAAUAUACCUUCAUUUCAAGGUCAACCUGUUAAUGACCAUAAGGAACGAACUUCAUCAGAUUCGGCAACCUCUAUCAAAGCUAAAACUUCAAAUAAUUCCGACGAUAUGAGUGAUACUUCAACUAAUUUAAAUUUUAAAGAAGAUACGACAGAGACAUCAUUAAGAAGUCCGGGGCUUAUGGAAAUGAGACUAAAGAGGAAAUCAAUUAUGGGUUCAGAGGAAGAAGACCCUAAUUUUCCAUUAAAUUCUGAUGAACUUCACAUUGAAACGGACAAUCCAUCCCAUUUAUUCUGGGUACCAGCACAUUUACAUCCGGAGAUAGCUCCAAAUGAAUUUAGAAAGUGGUUAAAAUAUCAUUCGAAAGAUGAAAUCAAUUCUGGGUUAGCCUCGUUAAGGAGGCGUAAAUCAACUCUUUCUAAGCAAUAUAUUCCCUCAGAAGUUGAAGAUGAUGAGGAAACAACGGAUAAUAAGGAGGAAUCAAAGAAAAAAAGCAAUGGAUUUGAUUGGGAAUCCUUUGGUGAAUCAGAUGGGAUUGUUAACCAUUCCUCUGAAUCAACAAAAUUGAAUAUAUUACGGAGGAGUCUAAGUUUGAAUCUUCCACCAUUUAUAGGAGGCACAAUUUCUAAUCCUAAUGAUCCAAAUAUAUUUGAUCGACAUUCUUCUCCUGAUGUGGACUCAAAAAUUCUUGUACCAAGAAUGGCACCGGCACUUAAACGUACCGCACGUACAAAAAUUCGUCGAAAUUCUGUUGCUGGUGAACAAAAUCCUAGAAGAUUCUCAGCACACAGAAGAACAAGAUCUACUCAUAUAUCUUCUGAUAAAGGAAAACGAGAUGAAGAUAAAAUAAUACCAAAAAAAAGAUCAGAAUCCGCUCUUUCAGUUCCUUUUAUCCUACCACAAGUUGAGACUGAAAAAGUAGAUAUGAACUUUAUUAAUAAUGUAAUAGUUGAUGAACCUGAAGAAAUUUCAAAAAACGUUGAGCUUGAUUGUAUUGAUGUUAAAGAUGGUAUGGGACCUAUACGUAUUGUAUUAGAAGACAAUGGACCUGAAGUAAACGUUACUCCACCUCAAAGAAAGAGCUCGUUUUCUUCGGAUGCAGAUCCAUCAUUCAAUAAGUUAAAAGUGGAACCAUCACAUGAUAAAUCAAAUUUAUUACAAGUUGACACAUCUAUACAAUCUGGAACUGCUUUAACACCACCUGCUUCACCAACAUCUCCAGCAUCACCGACAACAGCACAGUCUUCAACAAAACGUGCUUCUGCAUGGUCAUGGUUAUGGUCUGGAGGGUCAGAGGAAAAAUUAAAAGAGAAAGAGAAGGAUGGAGAAAAAGAUAAAGAGGAAAAGAAGGAAAAGGAAUCAAAACCUAAAAAGAAAGAAAAAGAAAAAGACGGUGAAAAGGAUAAAGAGGAAAAGAAAGAAAAGGAAUCAAAGCCUAAAAAGAAAGAAAAAGAGAAAGAUGGUGAUAAGGAUAAAGAGGAAAAAAAAGAAAAAGAAUCAAAACCUAAAAAGAAAGAAAAAGAGAAAGAUGGUGAUAAGGAUAAAGAGGAAAAGAAAGAAAAGGAAUCAAAGCUUAAAAAGAAAGAAAAAGAGAAAGAUGGUGAUAAGGAUAAAGAGGAAAAAAAAGAAAAAGAAUCAAAACCUAAAAAGAAGGAAAAAGAGAAAGAAGGUGAAAAGGAUGAAGAAAAGAAAGAGAAAGAAUCAAAACUCAAAAAGAAUAAAUCAGAUAAAUCAGAUAAGGUUGAAAAGUCUGAAAAAUCUGAAAAAUCUGACAAAAAUGAGAAAGAGAAUAAUGAUUCAGCAGUUAAAGAAAAGGAUAAAGAGAAAUCACAGAAAAUAUCACUUUCAUCUAUUUUUUCAUGGCCUUCUCAGAAUAAGGGAAAAUCAACGGAGGAUUCAUCAACCACCACAAAUCCCACUACACCUUUACCACAGCCAACCACUCCAAACAAGAAAACAAAAUAUACCAACUAUAACCGUCUUCCUAUUCAUGUAGAGCGUGCAAUAUAUCGUCUUUCACAUAUUAAACUCGCAAAUCCACGACGCCCAUUGCACGAACAAGUACUCAUUUCCAAUAUGAUGUUUUGGUAUUUGUCGCUAAUUAAUAAACAACAAGUUGAAUAUGGAGGAAGUAGUAAUCCAAAUGCUGAGAUGGCAGUACAGAUAGUGAAAAGUAAGGUAGGUAAAGAGAAAGGCGGUCGCAAACGAAGAAAAGGAGAAAAGAAAUCUGGAUUAACAAGAAAAGGAGCAGGAUCUAGUGCAGAGAUAGCAUAUAAAGCUCCACAAUAUGACAUGAAUCAAAUACCGCAACAAUAUUUGUCAAAUGAAUAUGAAGAGAUAACUGCGGAAGAUUAUAGUGAUAAUGAUUAUCAAAGUGAAGAAGAAAUCAAAGCGCAUAGUUAUCAAUAUUAUAAUGAUGAAUAUCUUUCCGAUGGAACUGAUGGUGGAUAUCUUGAUGAGACUAAUGGAAGGAUUGAAAGUAGUCAUGGUGGAGAUUUAUUAAAUUCUAGUGCUGAAUUUGAUGAUAAAUUAGGAGAAAGCAGUAGUGGAGAUAAAAAUAUCAAAAAUUAUGUUCGAUCAUCUCCUAAUGGACGAUCUAAAUCACCAACUGGCAAAAGGCCAUCACCCAAUGGAAGGUCAACUUCUCCAACUUCAAAGAAUCGUAACUCAGUUUCAUCAAAUGUACAAAGAAAAUCAGUGCCACCGUCCAGUACUCGUAAACCCGCUAAUGUAUCAAGAAACCGCGCUUCGAUAAGGAAAUAUUUCAAGUCGAGUUUUAGUUGA